AUGGCAACAGUAAUGACCUAACAGCACACAAGAAAUGUCUCUUCAAUGUCCCUGAACCACUUGCAAAAGGACUUUACCAGCAAGUAGACCUGGAAACCACACAUGUCUUAUGAGAGUUAUCAGAUGGUAGAAGGGGCUAAAAAAUCACAUAACGUGGAAUUGUAAUUUUGGGGAAUGAAAACAAUGAAUGUUUUUAGGAAAAGGAGAAGAAACUCCAAUGAAGAUGAUAACCACCAUUCUCCACAUUCCAAAAGCAGUAAGAUUAACCUUGACUUGCAGGAGUCUCAGAAUGUAAAGUCCUCAAGCAAUGACAGUGGAAGAAGUGGGAGCAGCAUUAUUAGCCCAGAGAGUGCAGGUGGACCAGAAAACAGCGUAAACCAGGUUAUUGCUGAACGCAGUCCAGAUAGCCCUCGGUCCUUUCAUGAGGAAUAUGCACUGUGCCAAGGUCCUUACUCGUGCAUCAACCAGAUUUUGAAGGAGGCUCACUUCCACAGCCUCCAGCAACGCAGGCAACGUCCAACAUGAUGUAGUAGGGGCUCCUCAUUCCAAGCUAAGCCUUGUUUAUAAAAGCAAUUGCACACUCACAGACACAUAUAAGUCUGCCAGCUCUAUUCUCUAUAUUCUAGUCAAUAGAUUG